AUGAGUUUAAAAGUUAAGCGAGAGCGCUCCACAAAUUUUAUUGAAAGUGAAUUGAAACUUCUUGUCGACCUAGUGGUUAGACACAACAAAAUAUUAGAAAAUAAAAAAACAGAUGCUGUAACUGCAAAUGUUAAAAACAAAGCAUGGGAAGUAUUGGUUAAAACAUUCAAUAGCAGAAGUCUGCGAUACCGCAGCGAAAAAUGUUUGAAGUUGAAAUAUGAAAAUUUAAAGAAGACAAUUAAAAUUAAGUUGCGGGAAGUGAAAUCAAAACCAUGUCCCACUAGAGGUGGACCAGCUGCCCCACAGAAAACUAUGCAAAAACUAUCCUCUAUUGAAGAGACUAUUAGAUCACUGAACCCUUUAGCUUUUAGUGGUGCAAGUUCACAGUUUGAUAGUGACUGUGUUGUUGAUGAAAAUAUGAAGGUAACAGAUGAACUACCUUUGCAAAACAAUGAAUAUAAUGACGUAAGUAAUUAA